GGCGGCCGCCAUGUUAGGAGCGGGGCGGCCUUGCGCGGUGUCCUCCGCGAGUCCCGGGCGGUGCCUGCCUGCCGGGGGAGCCUGAGCGCGGGGCUGCGCCGCCGGGGAGGCGGCCCGCCGACAUGCUGCUGCUCCGAGCCGCCGUCUGCUGCCGCCGGGCCGCCUCCGGCCCCGCCUGGCUGCGGGGGGCCGCCGCGCACCGAGGGCCGCCCGCCGCCUGCCGCCGCCGGGACAGCGCGGGGGGGCGGCAGGUUACGUCUUUUCAAGCAUGGGCUGUUCGCAGCCUCAGCACAUCCGCCCCUGCUGACCACCCGGAACAUGGAAGAUUAGUUUAUAAAGGAAAUUUGGCAAAGGCGGUGUUAGGUGUGAGGUUUUUCUCUUACUCCACCAGCGUAUUCAACCUGUUCAUGGUGCCCUACAUCAUGCUCAAAACUGGCAUUGGAUUUGAUAGUCUGCUUAUACAAGCUGCCUUUUAUGGGUUGAUAGGGUUUUUUACAUUUGUAACGCCAGUCACUUUGCAUAUCCUUACAAAAGGAUAUGUGAUUCGACUCUAUUAUAAGGAGGAAAUGGACACCUAUACAGCUAUUACGUACAAUGCAAUCCUGACAGAAAAAGUGACUGUCUUCCAUCAGAAGGAUGUGAAGAUUCCAGAUAUCACCAAGAUGUUUACAACGUUUUAUGCUAAAACUAAAUCAAUGCUUGUUAAUCCACUGCUUUUCCAGAAUCCUGAGGAUUUUAACCGUCUCAUGGGCUAUGACAAAUCCUUAUAUUUUGAUUUUGAGGAGGAAAAGGAAAACGGUGAAAAUAAAUAACUUGAAGAUCAGGAAUGUCACUUAUUGUUUAUGGUGCAGAGAUAUAUAUGUACAAGCAUGUUAUGUUCUAUUAUAUUUUCUUAAGUGUCAGGUAACAUUUGAGUUCCCCAAAUGUGUUUUGGAAUGUACUGAAAAAAACGGUUCUAAACAAUGUGCAGUCUUUCUUCAAAGUUAAUGACACAAAACAUACUAAAAAUGCAUAUGUCUGUCUUGUGCUUGCUCUUCUUGAUUUAGUUUAUUUUUAACUAUCCAGGAGAACGGUAAAAUGCAUGGGCUGUGCUGCAAACUCACAAUCUCUGUUGUAAAAUUCAUAUUAAAAAAAUGAUCAACAUUUGUUACCUGUCAAGUACAUAGUUAAAUUUUUAAGAUCAGAGAGAAAUUGCAUUUAAUGCAAAAAGAUAGGGGUCUUUUUUUCUUUCAUUUUUUUUUCCUCCUGAUGCUGCUCUUCAUACCCUGAGAGUGGUGUUGGCUUUUACUUAGCCAGGAAAAGUCUACAGAAAGCAGACAGGUAUUGUUACUAGUUCCUUUCAGAGGUCUGGAGGCCUCUGGAGAAGUUAGAAAGAACAUCUGAGUCACAAAAAGGUAUAGUCAACAGGUACUAAAUGAUGUGUUAAGAUAGAGUCCCAUUCCCAAGGAACACUGCUCCCAGAUAUGGAAAACAAGUAGCCUGUCUUUUCUGUGUGUGCUUGGGGGAGCAUGUUAGCCUAAGAACUGUGCUGUGAAAAUCCUGUCAAAGCAUGCUGUAUUUGGACCAACUUAGAAUACCAGCAGCUAGUGGUUAAAAUGGACUCUUUCACCAUUUGUGAACGUUGGGGAUGCUUUGUAGAGCUUGUGCCUUAAAAAGUAUACCUCUUGAUUUUUAGCUCUCCAAAGAAGGACAUCUUUAAUUCAAGUGAAGAGCAUUAGAUCUUUUCAUGUGACUUUCCAUGCUUAAAUUAAUUCUGCACUCUGAACAUGUGAAACUUGGAUUUAAAUGUUUUUAAUCCAAGUAGAAGUUUGUCACACAAACUGACAAGUACUUGCAUAAAAAUAAUGGAAGUCCUAAAUAUUUUCAGACUUUAAAAAUUGCUGAAUCAAACAAGAAUACGUACAGAAUUCAAACUGAUCCUUUCAUAUUAGGAGUUUACUUUGUAAAUCUGAUGCUUGCUACUAAUUCCUAAUUAGUCAUCCUGAUCCUGUGAAUAAAGAAAAAAUAAUUAUAACUACAUUCACAGAUGUUUCCUAAGUUCUAGCCAAGGAAAAAAUGUAUUGAAAAGUCUAAAUGUAUUCUAAAACUACUACCCCAAUUUCUUCUUGUAGGUUGACACUGUAGAUCAUUUUAAAAUAACUGUGUUUUUAAAUAUUGUUCUUACUGUUGAAACCACUCUUGAUAUAAUUGCUAAUUAAAAAGCAAAACAGUCCAUUGAGUUACUUUUGAGGCACAUUUGUGCUGGAGCAGCUUUGAUUUGAAAAAUCUGAUUUAACCCCCUUAAGCCAGUAUCACUCUAUAGGUAAACGGUAAUAUACAAAAAUGUAUUCAACGCGUCAUACUGAAGACAGGAGGCCAGUAACAAGCAAUUCUGAUCACUUGGUUGUAGUACUUGUCCUCAAUGAAGUGAUGUUUUACACCUAAUUAAAAAAACGUUCAUUCUUUCCAUGUCUGUGCUCAUUCUCUUCUUUUUGUGCUCACUGAUGACAUUCAUCAUCUUUAAAUGCCAAAUAGAGAGAGAGCGGGAACUCCUAAGUAGUAUGAAAAUCCUCAGCCUUUUCUUCUGCCUGAUAAGAAUUUUCAUUGUUAAAAUUUGGUAUCUUUCUGAGUCAGAUUUAAGCAGCAAUAAUAAGAGCUUUCCAUCCCAGUGGUUAAGUUUCUCAAAGAAAUUAGAGUCAGUAAGCAACGUUUCUUCUACCUGUUUGUCUCCUGUCAGUGAAAUGCAAGCUCACUGGGUAAGUGGCUUUUGAAACAUAGAUAAUUUAAAAUAAAUAAAUAAAUCUCCAGGUUUUUACCAGCAGGUAGGUGGCAAUUCCGGCUAUGAUGCAGUCUCAGAAGAAUAUUUUAUACUUCAAAAUGUGCACCUUGGAAAUAGUGGUAAUUCCAUAGCUUUUCUUUUAAAGUACUUUUAUAUUAAAUGCAGUCUUACUAAAAUUUGAAAAGAGUUUUUGCUUUCUAGCAUUGGGAAAGGUCAAAUUUACUAGAGAUACACAGUAUUCCACUGGGUCUACAAUUUAUUUGCUGCUAACUUGGCAAACUCUGAAUUCAGGAAACAAACUGUAAAUCUUCAAAUCGUAUUUCUUUUUAUGGUCACCAAAUAAAUAUGCCUUUGACCUGUUA